GAUGGAGCAAAAGGAGAGCAAGGUCUACCAGGUUUACCAGGACCUCCUAUGCUGCUAAACUUCCCCACCAUAGCUACACCAGAAGAGGAUGCACCAGGUCCACCAGCCCAUGCCUUAAAUACAAUUAGAAUUCCAGGUCCUCCAGGAAACCCAGGGAUGAAGGGAGAAAAGGGAGAAAAAGGUGAAAAGGGUGAUCCUGGUCCUGGAAAAGCAAUUGAAAUGAAGGAUAUAGAAAAAAUGUUUGAAGCCUAUGGUAUUAAGUUAUCUCUUCUCAGAGGCCUGGUUAACAAGCUUCUGCAGGAGGGGAUGGAAGAAGUUCUUCAACAGCUCACAAGCCCUAAAAAAGCUAAAUCUGAGAGAAAAAAACAGGUUUACAAGCAGACUACUGAUUAUACUAGUUCUUUGAAAUAUGAAGUGUCUAGUGAACCUCUGACGGAAAUUGAAGUAAUUGAAGAAGACUUAGAUGCUGAAAUACAGGAAAUGAUUCCUGCUACUGCCCAACCCUUUGUAACUGGAAUCCAGCAUACUGGCACAGAGUGGACUUUAUCCCCUAAUGUUGAUCCUGCUAUUGAUAAAUUAUCAGAAAAAGACCUUAUAUUGCAGAGUUUACCAACAGGCACUUUAGAAACUUACACAGGAACUGUGGAGUUGGAAAAUGUUACUGUGACAGAACAUGAAGAGAGUGAUCAUGAAGGGAUUGACGAAGAAUGGGACAAUGAAGGGGUGAAGUUCUCAUCUGAAAUAAAUGUAGAAAAGGAUGAUUUGGAAAAGAAGCACCACAUUCACUUAGAAGAUGAAAAACCAACGGGCUCAUCCCAACUUUUUGAUUCUACCAAGAAAAGUCCUGGCCACAGAAGAAAAGGUAAAGACAAGGCAAAGGGCAAGGAAAGCACAAGGAGAAAUAAAAGGCAGAAAUCAAUGCUGGAGGAGGGUUUCUCCAAUGAAGAAUCAGAG